ACGAAAAUGCGUAUCUGCGGAAUGAAAUAAAUUACAUGCAAUCUAUUUUAGAUAACGACACCUGAAUGGAUUUAUAUUAAGGGAGUUUAAGCAAUGUGGAGUUUUAAAACAAAUAUGUCUAAAUAUCAAAAAGUUGGCGUAUUAAUUUGUACACUAGCUGUGAUUUUAUAUGUGCUGACAUUUGCAAUGGAGGCGUAUCAAGGACCCGAGACAAUCAAAGUGAAAGAAUUAAGUGAAAGGAGAAGAUUUUGCAACGGAAGUGUACAUUUCUUAUUACCGGACGAUACAAUUAUUGACGAAAUGGAUACAGACACGUUGUAUGAUGUUUUUUCAAGAUAUGUAACAAGACAACAAAUUAGAUGUUGUAAUAUAAGCAGAGCUGGAUCUCUUGAUACAUUUGGCAAGAACAUCUGUUUAGACUAUUUUCAAAAAGUUCGAGGUUCUUGCCUUGUCUACUCGUUUGGUUCAGAGUUUCAUUUUGAAUUUGAAAAUUCGAUUUGGAAGGAUUUCAAAUGUGAAAUUCAUACCUUUGACCCAAGCCAUUCAACAAAUGGUGUACAGAUACCAAAGGGCGUUAACUUUCACCUCAUUGGACUUUCAGAUAACGAUAUUACAAUCCCGGCACCCGAAAGUUUAAAAGACUUUACAACUUGGCAAAUGAAAAGACUUUCAUCUGUUAGACGAUCAUUACGUCAUGAAAAGAGAUAUAUUGAUAUCUUGAAGAUUGAUAUUGAAGGAUUUGAAUGGAAAGUGUUACCUGACGUCAUACAAUCACGUGACCUUAGAUAUGUGAGACAAAUUUGUUUAGAAAUUCAUUUUGGAUUUAGCUUUAAGCAUGUAUGGAGUGGCAACCGUGUUGUUGAUUAUAGAUAUACAAACAGUACCUGGGGCAAUGUGACAAUUGCCAAUCAACUUAAAGUCUUGAGAAAUCUGUAUGACAACGGCUUUAGGAUUUUUAAAUCGGAGCCAAUCGCAGGCUGGGGAAUGUAUCAUAUACAAAAACCUAAAAAAUCGAUUAAUACACUGAUAGAAAUAUCAUUAGUAAAUAUAUAUAAUUAAAGGAAAAUAACAUGCAAUCCUGAAAACCAUUACAAUAUUCCUUCGACCAUUUUAUCAAAAAACUAUUAAAAAAUAGUAGACACUUAUUAUAUAUAUAUACUUACUUAAUUUGUUCCGCUUUAAAAUAUGCUGCUUCAGAAAACAUACGUUAUAUUCAUAGACCUUAAUGCUAUAACU